UAUUACUUUAGGUAAAUUAGAGAUGGCGAUUGUGAGCAACAUGAAUUGAUGACUUUCUAAUGAGUGUAAAGGCUUAUUGUUCUAUCUCCCGUCAUUCCUCCCACCAGCUUACUCACCUGUUCUCCCAAAAAAUUCUGCUAUCUUAUAAUUUCUCUCCCUCUUCAACUCAUUCACACCUUAAAAUUAUCUUUUCCCCCAUCCACCAUUUUCUCUCUCUCUCUCUCUCUCUCUCCUUGCCUCUCUAAAGUGCUUAAACCAGUCCUUAUUACAUUAAUUUGAUGUUGAUCUUAUUUCUAGAGAGUGAGGGGAGAGAGAAAGUUACAUCUUGUUUGGAGAAAAAUACCCAAAGAAAAUAUUCUCUUCUCCUCUCCUGUUUUUUAUAUGUUAUUCUUUUUCUUCUCCACUGUUUUUUCCAUCACAAUAAGUGUCAACGUUAAAUGUUAAUUCAUCCACAAGUUAUUCUAAUUAACCCCGUUUGCUAUAGUGUUGAUUCUCCUCUCUAAUCGAUAGGUUAUAAUUCAUCAAUCAAUGUCGUGAUAUCUGUUUUCUAGUUUCUUUUCUUCUAUUUAAAAACUGUUUCUCUUAGAGAAAUAGCUUUUCUCAUCUUCUUUUGCCUUCAUUCAUUCAGUUUCUUUCAUCUGUUUCACUUACCUAUCUCUCUCUCUCUUUCUCUCUCUAUUUUUUCUCCAAAUCCUCUUCACUUGUUUUUCUUCUUCACUUCUCAUUAUAACAUUCAUCUUUACCUUAAUACUUGUUCAUCAACAACAUCAUCAAUAUUUUUAUAUAUCAACAUUGUGAACCCAACAGAUUUAACGCAAUUCUGAUACGUUUUAAUCUUAUUUUUGUUUUUGUUCUUGUUUUCUGGUGAUGAAAAAUCAUGUUUCGAUCCGGGCACAGCUUCUCCAUGAUAGAUCGCAAAUUUCUGAUUCUCCCUCUCGCUCUCUUCCUGCCCUGGCUUUGGGAGAUGACAGUAAACACAGUCACAAAUCUAGUAAAUCGCUUUCCAGAGAUGGUUCUGGGGAGAAGAAAAAGUCUAGUAAAAUGGCGAGUGUCAUACCUUCCAAAGACAAAUCUCUACAUAGUCAACAAUCAUCGUUAUCUUCAACCCAAGGACAAACUACUACAUUAUCAUCUCAUCACUCACAGAUCAGCAGUUAUCACGAAAAAAGUGUCAACUCCUCCACUUUACCUCAACCUUCCUCAUCUUCAUCUCAGUCAUUACAAGAUCCUUUUACCGAUCUUUUUGGUACCCCCAUAAAGACCCGACCAUCGCCCGAUUCCCUGAAUUUUAAGUCAAAGGAUAACGGUGGAAAUGGUAGUGGAACAAGCAAAUCAAGCUUAAGUAGCCACAAAUCAAGUACUAAGAAGAUCUCACCGUCCGAUAAUAUUAAAUCUUCAUCUGAUCUGAUAAUUAAAUCAUCAGAAAAGGAAAAGAAACUGAAACCUAUCAAUGGAACCAUAAUUAGUUCGAAAGAAAUCAAAACUGAAAAAGAUGCCAAGCCAAUAAAAGACAAGUCAUUCAAGAAACGAGAUGAAAGUCCUAAAGUAAAGAAAGAUAAGCUUAGUAAGUCUUCGUUUGAUGGAAGGCCAACAACUCCAAAUUUAAGUGCCACUUCUUCAAAUAAAAAAAGUUCCAGCCUGAAUAAUACAACUAGUAUAAAAAAGGAAACCAUCGAUAAUUUAAAUGUCGGUGGAAGUGGAGGUAUUAAAGACAGUAGCAAGAAAAGGAAACGAAGUCUCUCUCCGCCAUCUUUUCCUCCUUCAACUGACAACACUGACAAGAAGGAGACCGAAUCUCUAAUCAAGUCAAGUAGUAAAGAUGGUCUCUCGGAAAAAAGUCAUAAAGAGAAAUCAAAGAAACAGAAAGUUUCUUCUCGUGAUCAAGUCUCAUCAAGUGCAACAACUGGAAGCAAUAGUAAUCAUAAAGUGAAAGAUGUAAAGAAAGAAUUGUCCACCUCGACAACAAUUAGUUUAACCAACAAUGAAAACACGGGUACAACAACAUUGGAAAUUAAAUCGGUGAAAAAGGAGAAAACCUGGGACAGUGAGAUGAAAAAGUCUCGAUCAAAAGAGCAUAAAAGUGACGAAGUAAAAUCGAGUAGAGAAAAUGUAAGCAAAGAUGUUAACAAAGUUCAAGUUCGUGAUAAAGAGAUGCUCAAAGAGAAGGAAAAAGAACAACCUGUUCUCGAAAAGAAGGAUAAAGAGAAAAGUAAAGAGAAAUCUAGUAAAAAUCGUGAUAAAGAUCGAGAUCGAGAUCAAAAAGACAAAGAAAAGGAAAAGAAAAGAAACAAAGAAAAAGAUGCCAUUCACGACGAUCUAUUCAGUUCAAAAGAACCCGUUAUAAGUAAAUAUGCAAAGAUUCCUAAAGAAAAGUACCUUGGUGCAAAUUUAAACGUAAACAGUAACAAUCAUCUAAGUGGUCACGUUAACAGUUUACGAGAAACAAGUAGCAGUCCAGCAUCAAUUGUGUCCGGCUCUUUAACACCCGGAGGUGGUGCCUUCAUCGGUGCACCUUCAUCUGUUUCAUCAUUAAAUGGUCCAAUAACAACUUUAAUGGCUGAAAUGGAUCAGGAAUCAUUACCUGUUUCCCCUUUAUCAUCAAGUUGUGAUCCUCAUUCACCUUUAACAUUUGGUUCAAAAGAUAAAAUAACCUCAUCUGAUGAUGAGAACAGUAAUCCACCAAUUGACCAUAGAAGUACCAAUCACUCAAGAGACUCCAAUGGCAGUAAAAACAAUAGCAUAAACAAUAAUAAUAAUAAUUCACUUAAUAUAAACAAAUGUUCAUCUAUUCAUGGUAAUAAUAAUAAAAGAAAACAAGACAACACAGUGAGAGACGAACCACCGCCACCAAUGAGGAAUAUACAUUCAAUGGAAAGGAAUAAAAAUAUUCGAGAAAAUCCUUCAAGUGGUAACAAUAAUAGUGGUAAUAAAAAGAGGAAAGAAAUUGAUUCUUCACAUCAUGCCAAACAAAUGGAUCCAAUGGAUGACCCAAUGGAAAACCAAGUAUCUCCUAGACAAGCCAAUAAUAAUUCCCGAUCACAACCUUCAUCAUACGACUAUGAUUAUAUCAGCCAACUUAAAAUAUUACAUCGUAAAAUAAAUGAUCUGAGAGACCGCGAUGUCCUCCAACGAAUUGUAGAUAUAAUUGAAGAAACAGGUCUUUUCAAUAUGACCAAUGCUGCCUUUGACUUUGACUUAAUGCAAUUAGAUAGAAACACUGUUCGUAAAAUCCGACAAUGUCUCAUCUCAACCUGAUGGAAACACAAAAGAAUCAAUUUAAACGAUAAAUCAAUGGAAUCACCUAAAUAAUAAUAUCAAACAAAAAAAGAUAAACUCUCUUUCUUUAAAAACCAUAAUAAUUAUAUCCAAUAUGUACAUACCUUUGUACUUAUGUAAUAACUUCUUAUAAAUGUAAAUAUCACUUUUUUUCUUGUGCAAUUUAAUGUUUAAAUGGUUACUUUUGAUUAAGUAAUUUCCUAAUAAAUAUAUAAAUAUAUAUUUAA